AUGCGACCCUUGAAAGUUCGAUUCAUGGAAAAGAUAACGGUAGUGCCUAUUAAGCUCUAUUCUCGCAGAAGUUUACAUCUGAAAUUCCUUUUUUAUCAAAUAAUCAGUAAAUUUCUUUCUAUUUUCUUAUUUGAGCAUGAAUCACCUGAAAUGAGUCAGGCAAUUUUGAAAAAAUAAUUUAUCCCCACUAUUUAAAAAAAAAAGAAAGAAAAAAAACAGUCUUAAGACCAAAUGGCAGAUAUGUCCGGAGUGAGCAAAACCAUCAUAAUUCCCGAUGGCGAUGAUGAUUAUUAUUACGAAGAGUUGAACGAUGAGUUUGGCAAUCAGCAAAGUCUGAUAGAAGAAAUUUCAGCGGUGCAACGUCGAGAAGUACUUCGCGGUAAAGUUUCCCACAAAGGCCAGCAAAAGCGAGAGGUCAACUUUAAAAUGAGACAACCGCACAACUUUCACAUUCAAAAUGAGGAUAAAGGCACAAAGAGACGUACAAACGAAGAAAAAAGAAAAUCAUGGAAUCUACCAUCUACAUCAAAACAGCCGAUCGUCAGUUCCGACCUUAAAAGGUUCAAUCAUAAGAAUGAAAUCGUCACACCAUGUUCAUACCAAAUGGUACAAACUUCAAGCAAAACGAGUCCAGAGAUCGAUACAAUCUCAAAGACGAACAAAAGGACGAAAAAUAGGACACAGUUGAAAAAUACACAAGAAAACAAGAAAAAGGAAGUUCCAUGGAGUGCAAUUGUCCACUCGAUUUCUAUGAAUCCAAGAAAUGCGGUGAAGAAUGCUAGCAAUGUUGAUACGGGAAAUGACGAUCUGCCUGAGGAUCUUUCUAAAGAACGAGAUUCAAAUCCGAUGAAAAGCUUUGACGCUGAUCAACAGUAUAAUUUAGAAGGUACAUCAGCUGAACAAGAAAGGAAAGAAAACCAGACAAAAGUCCUGGCUCAUGGAAGUAACGUUAUUCCGGUGGUCGAGUAUGCGCAGGCUGAAUGCAUGUCGAUGUCGAGUCAAAGUUCAGAGGAAAAUUCUGCACUGGAGACACAGGAUUUAUCGGUUAAUAAAAGAAAUAUAAUUUACUAUGAGCCAGUAGCAAAAGCAGAUUCUGCACAAAUUGAUGCAAAUACACAGAUUUCAGUAAUAAACUCUAAUCCUAUGCAUCAAGUUUCAAGUCCACCUUCCCAAACUGAACCUGCCCCCUCAGAACAACAGCAAAACGAGGUGCAACGCCGAUACCUGGGAAUGUUGCAACAGCCUUUAAACGUGAACAUCGAAGACCAAAUAGAAGCAUCCGCCGGACAGGUAUGGAAUGUCACAGGUACACCGGCGACUCAAAUACCACAGGAAACAGUUCAACUGUCGAUCAGCAUCGGAGACAAUGCUUGCACUGUAACACCUUGUGCUUUAGUCCAGCCAGUAGAGGUUCGGGGGAUUUUACAAGCCCCUAUGUCAGAGGCUUCAACAACUAUAGUGAGUCAUCAGAUUACUGGAACUCCUCUUCAGUUAAACAUUGCGAAUGUUAAUAUAAACAUCAUCCUGCCCCAGAGUGUAAACUCGAUAAUCCAUGACUUGAUCCCGGUGCAACCUUCAAGAAAUACAGUGCCCGGACAAGGGCUUCUCGCUUUGGCCCAGCCCCAGCAACCCAGUGCGAACAAUAUGCAAAAUUACGAAAUGAUUUCCCCGACGACGACAGCACAGCAUGAAACCCAGCAGACGCGUACUAUGCACGUUGCGCCCGCUCAGAUCCACUCGGCUUACGGUACGUAUAGUGUACAGUCGAAUUCGAUGCCGAGAAUGGCUACUGGAGCUAGAAGGAUUUGCCAUUUAAAUAACCAAGGUUUAUUAAGGAGGGAUCAAUAUUUGCCAAACUACUCUGGAGUUCCUUAUCAGAACAUUACAAGGAAUGCAAACCCUUGGGGACACAAUCACCCGAACAGUUCCUACUACCACCCGGUUAAUCCUUACAACCACCACAUUCCGAGGCAUAUGGCACGUCCUCCUCCGCCGCCAUACCACAUCAACAGGUGCGAUUGCAACCAUUGCCCGCAGACGCACAACCCUUACAGGACUUACAAUGCGAGCAACAUGACGCUCAACCGCCAGCUUAUGCACGAUCAAAACUAUCCGCUGAACCUCCAGGCAAGAAGACACCCUAAAAGUUAAAUAAAUUGGCAUUAGAU